GCAGCAGCUCCCCAGCCGGUUCGCCGAGAGAGGCGUGUGUCUGUGUGUACGUUUUUUUAAGGAAAAAAGCCGUAAAACGGCUGAAAAUUUAGGAUAAUAAUUUGUAUUAAGAAAAAGAAACAUUCAACGAAAAGACGGUGCAAAGUGAUGUGUAAUUUAAAAAUGAGGUGUCGAGGAUUCAAAUAAAGAAAAGUUGAGGGGGUUCGCCGAUAACUCGUGAUAAACGGUGAAAACAAGCGUCUGUCACGAGCGAGCGAGAAAGAGAGAACGCGAGAGACGACCACCGCAUUUCUCAUCUCGCUCUUUCUUUCACCCACCCCCCUUCUCCGUCCCCUCUCUCCGCAUCUCCUCUUGCUACAGCCAAACUUGACAGCCCGCUAAAUCGUACUCGCGAGUUUCACCUGCGACGAUCUCUCGUGCACACACCUUAUUUUCGUGGGGGCUCAAAACGGAAUAGAAAUAAAACAACCGGGAAAAAGUAAUAAAUCGUGUCUUCGCUAAUUACGGAUUUUUCUCAAGUGAUUCCUGAACAACGUAAAACGGCUCGAUUAUACGACGGUUUUUUUCUUCACUACACGGUGAAAUGGUUCCCUGCACAUGGUGACAUCUCUCACGCGAUCCCAUAAAAGCUGCUCAACACCGUGGCCACACCAAUGACAAUGGGCUGAAGCACAACGGUUCGCUACAAGGCUCUGGGAAUCAAGUUCGUCGAGUCCAAGCGUGCUUUUCCCGAUACGAUAAACCGAAAUUGGAUCGAGGAUGGCGACGAUAGAAGAGAAAAAGCGAGUUGCCGGUUCGAAGGUCUCGCAAAUUGCGAAUAUUUUUCAAUCGAAGCCACAGCUCGAGAAUCUCGGUCAUCGUACGACUAUUAUAAACGAUGGUUUCAAAGAACCUCCGGUCCCGCUCAAGGAAUCACCCACUCAAGUUACCGUCGUCAGAACCGAAAGUCACGUGGCAAGAUUCAACAAUGCCCGAGCUCUCUUCGAGAAACUUGGCGAGGAGAACAAGCCCAUACGACCAUUGGAUCGGAUAGCGAAGCCAACGAAUCUGCAUGGAUUACGUUCGCGUUCGAGUUCAGCGAAUUCGGGUUCAGGAUGUACGUCACCGGCGCGUUCGCCACGUCCACGUUCGCCGUCUCCGCCAGGUGGUUGUCGCGACCAUCUGAGUAAUUGGAGCGCGAGUGUUCCGACGUUGAACGCGGAGCGACAUUUCGAGAACGGUCAUUUGCACGGUCAGGAGAACGUUGCGGAGAGAUUGAAGCCGAGAGUCGGUUUUUCCAAAUUCGAGAAGAACUACGGCAAGGAAAAUCGUUUGGACGAACGUCCGGAAAGGCCGGAAAAGCCUGAGCGACGUUUGAACUCGAAGGAGCUAAUAGAAAAGCAAAAAAAUUGGACGAGCCAUUUUUCCAAGACGCGACCAUCUCGUUACAACUCCGAUCCGAACCGCACCAUCGUACAAACAUCGUUGAAUCAAAAUUCGAAAAAGUAUUCACAAGAAGCAACUUCUCCCGUCGAUUAUUCUCCGGACUCGGAUUACCAAGAGAUCGAAUUUGUAAAACCCAACGAAGUAUCAUGUCCGGCCACAAGAUCAGCGAGCUUUUGUUCCACGAGACAACCACCGACGGUUUCACCGCCACCCCCAUUGCCACCGACACGAAAUUCUUCCGCAGUUGGAAUAAAGCGAGAGAGGCCAGCUUCGAUUUGUACAUCCACGAGUCCAACCUCGAUCGACUCGCCAUUGAGUCCUGAGUAUGCAACGAUUAACAAAUCCUUCGAUUCUCCAACUUCCAUACCCGAAUACGCGGUCGUCCAGAAAGGAAUCAAUGCUAACAAACAACCACCAGGAUCGCAACCGAGAAAUGUAUUCGUUACGACGACGCAAGAUACUAAAGCAAACGAGGAUAUGAUUUCACCGACGAUACCCGAGUAUGCCAUUGUACAGAAAAAUACUUGUUCCAAGAUAGUGCCAAAAUCGAGCUCGGAUCAAUCGAAAAUUUCGAGCCAACAGAAUUCGAAUAAUUCUUCCUUCAAAAAUAACGAUAACGAUCAUGGAUUGUCCGCGAUAAAUAUAACGAGAAAUACUCCUAGUCCAACCGUACCGAUUCCUCCGAUAAAUCAGCAAUAUUCAUCGACGAGAGAUCAAUCCUUGGAAUGUACGAGUCCAGAAUACAUCAACGAGCCUGACGAAUGUCAAAAAGAACUGGACAACGAUCAUCUCGAAACUCCUGAUUUUACGAAUUAUCCGACGAGUCCCGUUCGUUCACCACCCAAAACUUCCGAGUGGCGCAACGUCUGGUUAGCCAAAAACGAAGAACUUCUGAAGAGCGUUUCUGAAACUAAAUCACCAAAAACGAUCAACGAUGAGACGUCGAGAAACGAAAUUGAACGCACGUGCUCACGACCCGAUUGGGCCAAACCUACCGUCGACAUCGAAAUGGUUAAAAGGGAUAUUAUUCCCGUUGAUGAGAAAAAGAACGAGAGAUCCAGGACACCGGAAGUUGACCUCAGACCAUCCUCCGCCGGUACCGACAGCGCUUCCUCGAGUAUGAGUUCGCCUAGCUCACCGUCCAAGGACAGCAAAGAAGAAAAAGCUGAUAAAGAAAUUCCGGAAAAAUAUCAAACUGGUCGUAACAGCUAUGACCUUGAGGUGGAAGGAAACGAGAAGCCACCCACGAGCUACACGGAGAUGGUAUCGUGCGAGGAGGGCGGCAGCGAAAAAUUCGUGGAGACCGACGCAGCGACGGUGGUUAGACGUUCACACGUUCGAAUGGAAAUGCCAGCGGCCGGACUCGGCCAGCGGCCACCUUCGGUGGUUAGUUCGGAUCAGGAAUAUCCCCCACUGGAGCACAAAGAAAUACCGAUACCUUCCCCAUACGCGAGGCGAAUGAACCAAAAUCAAGAGGCACAGGUGGUGCAGCCAAAACCAAAAACAGCCCCGAAAGGGCCGUCUCUCGAGGCGGGAAAAAUGGCGAAUCGAUUGAACAGUGAACAGAAAAAUGAGGCCAAUUCACGCACCGUAGAAUCUGGGGACAAGAGCAACGAUGGUAACUACAGAUUUCAGGAAACAUCUGUAACGAACGAGCGUACGUGCGUAGAGACGACGAUGCGUAACGAGACUACGAUAAUAAGUGAAAAAUUCGUCUCGGACAAUAGCAAAGAAAGACAAACCGUGACUGAAGUACAGUGCCAAAAAACUGUAUCGAACGCUAAAAACGAUCAAAUAAGAGUAUCGAUGAGAGAGAAACUGGCGAAAAACAAAGAGGAAGUGAGUGAAAAACGUUCAAGUUUCUGUGAAUUGGAGAAAACCAAUCAUACGGAUAAAAUUUCGGGAGCUCACAACGUUUAUCAAUCGAAUAGUGUGUCGAACGAUCGCUCGGACAACAGCAGCAAAGACGCAAAAGACAACGAGGCUAAAUCCAACAAUUCGGCCGUUAACUUUAUCACGAGAAAUCAUGAAAUUGGAAAAAUUUCUAUUGACACACCCGACAAAGCAAGUGUCGAGGAAAAUGAGGAUUUGGAGGAACAGAUCCAAACCACCUGGGAACUCGAGAAACAAAAAGCUGAUCAACUCGCAAUGAGAUUAGCCGAAAACAGCGUUGCUGACUUGACCAGACAUUUUACCAAAUCUUCGACACCCCCCGUUUCAGCUUCGCCUAUACAACGCAACGAUCCCAAUAAUCCUACGGACGAGCAUAGAGAAUCGGAAAAUAGUUUGAUCGAAGACACCGAUUCGAGCGACGCUAAGACCGUAACCACUUUGGAAGAACCAAAAAUCUUCGAUUACGAUGACUCCAAUAAACGUUACGACACACCAAACAAACCGAUUGCCAAUCAAAAUAUCAACACCGUCACACCCGAUACUAUGACACCUGAUGAGGCUGAAAAUCUUCUGAGUUCGCGAAUAUUGGAAAAAAAAAUAAGACAAGGCUCGGCCCUCCUGUCCGACGAAGAAGCUCGUGAAAUAGCGCGAUUGCUGUCCCCUGGCAAUGCGACAGGCCCUGCAGUUGGGGAGACAAAAAUUACGGAAAAAGAAAAGGAGGGAGAAAAGGAACGAGAGCGAGAGAGGGAAGAAAUGGACAACACUCCGGAUUGGUUAUCGGACGUACUCUCGGCACCGGAUACGAGUCUUAUUAACAGUAGCACAGCUCACGAUUACAGUUUGUCACACAGGUCCCGAAGCGAUUUGACGAUAGAUUCGUUGACAGAGAGUCAAAUAGGCUCCGUUACUGGAAGUGAAAGCGGUUUAUUGGGCUCAGUUAGCAGUCUGAACGACACAACCCACGAGGCAAAUGACGAUACUGAAACGGAACAGCGAGAAGAAUUUACUCCCGUGCCUGGAAAAAUUAUUCUGGUAGAGAAUGGUGUACAUUAUUUCGAGGAUGGCCACUUCUGGAUGGAAGUGAGCGGCUUACCGGACUCUGAAGACGACGAGGAUGAUUUGCCACCCUCUGUGAUGGUUAAAAAAAGUGGCAAAGUCUCUUUCGAUAGUGGACCUAUGAGAGUUUAUUCCACGCACUCGGUUAACGAGUAUGAUCGUCGGAACGAAGAUGUCGAUCCUGUCGCUGCAAGUGCCGAGUACGAAUUGGAAAAACGCGUUGAAAAAAUGGAGGUAUUUCCAGUGGAAUUGAUGAAGGGACCAGAAGGCCUCGGUCUCAGUAUAAUAGGUAUGGGCGUUGGUGCUGAUGCCGGACUCGAGAAAUUAGGAAUUUUCGUGAAAACAAUAACGGAGAAAGGGGCUGCGGCGAGAGAAGGACGAAUUCAAGUGAAUGAUCAAAUUGUCGAGGUCGACGGAAAAUCUUUGGUUGGUGUUACACAGGCUUACGCCGCAAGUGUGCUUCGCAAUACGUCCGGACUGGUUCGUUUCGUUAUUGGACGUGAACGUGACCCUAAAAAUUCUGAAGUUGCUAUGCUCAUUCGACAGAGCUUGCAGGCCGAUCGUGAACGUGAACAAGCCAAUAAUGCAAACAGGAGACUGAACUUCUCGGACGCAUCUCCUGACGGUCAGAGAGGAGGUGAAGAUCACUCGAUAAGCAGCAGCACGGGGAUGGGAGGAGGUAUACCAGGCUCGCCGGCAAUGUCAUCAUGUUCAGAAGGUGAACCGCCGCACAGUCCAAUCGAGAAUUAUCUCUCGCCGAGUAAUCGAAGCAGAUCGCCGAUAAUCAGCUCUUCAAUCCCUUCAAACGUAACACCAACUACGCAGAGCGACGUCGAUAGUUUGCGAGCUCUUCUUCAAGAGAGUCAGUAUAAACAAGUCCUAGCCGAUGAAGAAGUGGAAAAGCUGAAGACAAAGCUCGUCGAGCUGGAAAACAAUGGCGCCGGGAGCGAAGAAUACGCUGCGAAAUUGCGAGAAUCGAGGCUACGGCUACACGAGUCCGAGCGUGCAUUGGGUACAACGAGACAAGAACUCAAUACAGCUAGAGAAAUGCUUGCACAAGCAACAGCGCAAACCGCCGUUAUUCAACAAAAAUAUGCUCGCGCUCGAAGAGCUGCACGGGAAUUGCGGGCUGAUAUUGCAGCUCGCGAUGACUUUUAUCAACAAUUAUUGCAGGAAAAAGACACCGAGUACAACGCGUUGGUCAAGACACUCAAAGAUAGGGUUAUUACGUUGGAGGUCGAAUUAACUGAAACGCACACAAGAUUUGGUCUUCCGGUGAGAUUACCGUACGACGGUUCGACCAAAGGUAUCGUGACACCACAAUUGACGAGACGACAAUUACCACCACCCCCGUCGUCAGCGAGUUGUCAAUUGUCCGAUACCGAAACUUCGGAUCUUAGCAGCCCCGACGAUGGGGAUAAAACUGCGACCGUUGAAAGGAAACUCCCGUUACCAAUACCGAUCAAAGAAGAGCUCGACCGCGCUGUACCCGCUCACAGAUUGCUUGACAAUUCCGCAGGAAAAAGCAAAGCUGAACUUGCUAGUCGAGGUGGACUUGCUAAUCGACAAUUACCCAAAAGAUCCGGCGGUCUUAGUAACAGCAGUUCGGACUACGGUCUUGACGAAUCUGGUGACAAUACCGAUACGGAAGAUUCCUCCGCAAAAUUGGGCAAUUCACACGAUUUAAGCAGUCGUUCGACCAACGACUCGAUCUCGAAACAAUCAAAUUUGAGUUCCUAUUCGAGCAGCUCGUCUAUAAGUUCUCAAAAAAGCAAGCAGUACUUUGAUUCCGCACAUUCGACGACGAUACGACAGCACAGUACCAUCAGUUCACAGGUCAGAGCUAUGACCGAGCAGAAUUGGCCACCUUCACAAAAAGGGUUGAGCGGACCACCGGCGUCUUUUGCGGAGCAAUUGAAACAAGUACUCGCGGAACGUGAGCGUAGACUCGGUGGCAAUGACAUUUCAUCGUCACGAGAGAGUUCCGGUGAUUUCAGUGAUCUCAAUCAUCCUCACAGUAACGAUCCUACCCUAGUCACGAACCAUCUCGUCGAGGAGAUAAGACAGGCUGUCAGCGAGGCUAAUCGAGCAAAAAAAGCGGCAGUACCUCCGCCAAAUCUUAUCGGUACUGGAGGCACACCAUGGCACCAUCCCGGUGGUUCGCCUUCGAGUUUGUCUUCGGGUGGCUCCGUUAGCCCACCUGCCGUCGAUCCCAGUCCGUCCAAGGCUGGCAGCGCAGAUUCGAGUGGACUCGAAGUCUGGCUGCCUCCGAACAGUGACUUUGGUUUCGGUGACAAAAAGUCACAUUUCUGGCAAUCCGCACCGAUCGCUGAUUGGUCCAAGGAACAAGUUUGUCAGUGGUUAUCGGGUAUCGGUUUGGAACGAUACGCAACGCGUUUCAUCGACAACGGGAUUUGUGGCAACAGUCUGUUGCGUCUCGAAUCACGAGAUCUCAAAAGCCUGUGCAUAUCCGGCGACGACAAAUCUCAUUUGAAGAGAAAAUUGAAAGAAUUGCGAGCGCAGGCGGAACGCGAGCGUAAGGAGAGAAAAGAGAUGGAACGGAUGCGAAGAAAAGCUGAGAAAGCAGCGCGAAAGAAAUAAAUAAUCGUAAUUCACGGAAGAGGAGAGGAAUAAGCUUUUUGAUGCGUGAUAUAUUAUAAAUAGUUCUUUUUCGAUGAGAUAAAUACGCAAUAAUGUUAACUCGCGUGUUUGUGUGCAUGCAGGAAUGUGUGACUUUGGAGGGGGGAAAAAAAAUCACUCAACAAACGGAAAAAAGUCCGUUUCGUCAUCCCGAACUCUAUAAAGCUACUCGUAGCGUACCUUGACGCGAUUUUUUUCGACAAAUUUUCAUUUCAUCUGCGUCGGUUAAUCGCGCAGUUUUCUUAUGAAGAUAAAAAUCUUGCUUUUGGCAUUUUUCUCGUCCUUCUCAUUCGGAAAUAAUCGAAUAAUUUUUCGAUUUGAUAUACGAGACGGACGUUAUAUAAAUGUUUCCCGUUGAAUGAAUAUAAUUAUUAAAACGUUUGAACAAUUUGGCAUUGAUGGCUAGCGAAAAUUCAACGUUUCUAACUUUUUUAGGUCGAUGACAAAACACAACAAACGAAUCAGUCAAAUUGCCAUUAUGAUUAUUGUAUUUUUCCAUUUCGUCCAUUAGUUUUCAAUAUUUUGGUCGAUGUCUUAAAGAAAUAGAAAAAUAGUUCCAAUUAACGUGACAAGUUACAUUUUCUCUUUUGUUGCCAAUUAUUUAAUUAAUUUCAAUGAUCGAUGAAUCGCAUCGCGUUGAAAAAUAAAACUCGUAUGAAUGUCCAAGUGUCAUACAUGAGACGAGAGUGUGCGAAUGUGUGUAUGUAUUUUUUGCGAGAGGCUCGAAACUCUCGUUUCGCGUCAUUUGUGUAUUUUUCGUUUCUUCUCUUUCUUAACUCCUCUCAUUAUUUAUUUUUGAUCGAGAUUUCUCGGUAAUUCACGAUAUCUCGAAGUAACAAUAGAACAUAAAAGGAAGAAACACAUGUAAUGUAGAAUUGUAAAAAAAACGGACGAAUAUUGUGUGACGAGAGGGGUAAAGAAGAAGAAAAAAUGUCAAAUGAUUUUUUUCUUCUUCCUCUGCCCCCCUUAUGAGUCCUUGCGUAUCAACGAAAGCGAAAUAAUGUGAGAAAUGUCCCUAUUAUCGGAACUAUGAACUCUUGUUGUCGUAUACGAGUAUAUUAGGGUAGUGCGAAAACGGUUAAACAUUUUCAAUUUUGAUCUAUCUCAAAAAUUUUGCUCGCUUAUCUUUUCAAAAAAUAUUAUUCGUUUGAAUGUUUAUUGAAAUUACUCGAAUUUUUAUAUUUUGUAUCGGUUGAUAUUUUAAUCCGAAUUUUCGCGGCCUUUUAUUAACCCUUUUGUGAAAAAUGAUGAAUUAGAAUUUUUUAAAUAGAGACUAUAGAAAAAUAUUCGAACAGCAAAACAGUUUUUCUGUGAACCUUUACUUUUCCUGUCACUGCAUUUUGCUAUUUGCCGAAAAUAUCUAAUGGGGAUAAAUUUGGAAAGUUUUUGAGCAAGAACAAAGUUUUCAAUCGUCCAUUUUCUUUUGGGCUACCUUACACUAUAUAUAGCUUAUUAGAACGUAGAAUUUUUGUCAAAUCAUCGAAAAAGUCGAUUGAACCCGAGCCAUUCGUUAUUGUUAUUCGAGGAUUAGUUCGUGUUAGUAUAUUUUUUGUUAUCUUCAUUUAUUAUUCAAGUUUCUUUAAAUGUCUCGCAAUUUUUGCUCAAAGAAACACUUCAUAUCAACGAUCACGGAGGCAAAGUAUAAUUGUCAGAGUAAUCGCGUACGUUUGUUCGUCGAGGUGUCACGAACGAUCCAAGCAAUUCGUAUUUGCCAUAGAAAGAAAUAAAUGAAACGGAACAAAACUGAAAAUCGCACAGAAGAGUGCGCGCAGAACGAAUCGAUGUAUUUUCGAUGAUAACAGUACGAUUUUUGUCUCAAACAUUCCACAAACGAAUCGAGACUCGAAAUAGCAAAACUUCUGUCUCAAAUCAAGAGAUGCGGUAGCGACUCGACGCCAAGUAUUAAAAGAAAAGAAACAGCCAGCGCGAGGCCUGCCGCACUCUUCUAUACGCGAAUGUGCCGGUUUAUAACGUAUAUAGUACGACAAUGAAUUAACGCAAACUACUAUUUCAAAUCAUGAAAAAUCAUAUUUGGCUGUUCUUUUUUCAUUUACCAAAAAAAGAAGGUAAUCAAAGUACACGAAUCAAAGCGUCUUGAAUGAUUGAAUAUUCGUAACAGGAAUAUUAACCCGUAAGUGUGCGUUUGUCGCAACACACUUGGGAAGGUUCUACGUAUUUAUAAUAGUUGUAUUAGUUUUACCAAAAUACGCGACCGUAUACCGCUAAUAUCGGCUUAUUAAUUGCGAAAAACGAAUGAGAAAGACCGCCCUUUCAUACAAUCGUCCGAUUCGAGACGUACUGAGCGAAGGACUCGAGAGAAGUAAGAUAAAUACUGAAGCGCACGUUUCAAAAGGGCAAGCAAGUUCCAAAAUUUGUAUUCGUCAAUUGAGACAACAAACAACAUUGUGUAAAUAUAUAUGAAUAUAUUCAACGAUCAUUCAUAUUAUCGGUCGUAACGAUAACGUUUAACGAUACUACAGAUUCGAGUAAGCAUCCCACCGUUCUCUCAAAAUGAGACGAUUCGAACGACCGGGUGGGAGAAAAAAAAAGCGAUAGACACAAAGAUUUUACGAACGAGACAACAAACCGGUGCGGAGCCGUCUCUCCCACGUUAUUAGUGUCAUAAUAAUACGUCGUAUUAGUUUACAUGUUUUAGAUCGACGAGACGACGACGACAACGUUUAUCGAAAGUCCUCCAUUUUAUAUCAACCAAAAUAUACAAUUAUAGCAACGAGCGCAAAUUCCUGACGGAGUUACAUUUUUUUGAGGACAAACAACAAAUACUAAUAUUCGUUCUCUCGUGCGUUAUCGGAGAAUCGAUAUUAGGCUCAAGCCUAGUGAGCACAUCCGUUCAGACAAUUAUAGUGAAUGCAGCAAAAAAGCCAUUAUUCUCCUCUUCUUUUUGUAUCGACGGUUUUUAUUUUCCCCUCUUCAAUAAAUGACAAAAUAUCCCGCUGCUGAAGUCAGCGGGACUCGGAAAAAAAUGACUGAUUUUUUAAGGAAAAAAACGUUGCGUUCGAAUCGGGUGAAAAUCCUCGUGUCGACGAGGGGGGCCUUGAUUCUUCUUUGUGACAAGUCCCGUGAUGAAAACUAAUGGAAUAAAAAUACACGAGACCCGUACUUGGUGUAACACGUACUAUGUAGUAUUAUAUUUUAAUUGCGAAAAGUGAAGUACGAACAAAGUGGAAAGAGUAAGAGUGUAUUUAUGAGCGAAAAAAAAAUAUUUAAAAGAUAGAGAGAGAGAGAGAGAAAAAAAACAAACAAUCGUACUAGUAAUUCGAUUCACUUGAACCAUUCUUGCUGUCUUCUUAUCAUUGUCUACCAAUAAUAUACUUUCUCUUAUCUUUUUUUUUUAUUCUCGAGAUUAUACUUAAUAUACGUAACAAGAGAGUAAUGCUAUCGAAUCAAUAAAUGUUGUUCCAAACGCGGUUUCGAAAACGCGUAGCACUCGGCAGCUUUUUAUUAGCGAAUAUCUGUACCGAUGGUAUUGUCGUUUACGGUUACUCUUGAAAAACAACAGCAACAAAAAACCACACGAACAUUUCAAUUAAAAACGAUUCGUACAUUGAA